CUACCCAAACCCAAUGCCCAAACCAAACUUGCAAGAGUGGGAACGUAACAAUCGCCAUCUUAUUUUCCACAUUUCUUUGUAAUUGUACUUAUUUGUAAGCAUUUUAUAUUUUACCUUUUGGUAAAGCUAAACCAUUGUAUUCGUUUAGUGUUGUGUUUUUAUCUCAAACCAGCUUGGAAGAUGUCUCGCUAUCGUGAAUGGGAUUUAUCCUGCAAGGUCUACGUCGGAAACUUAGGGUCGUCAGCAAGUAAACACGAAAUUGAAAGUGCUUUUAGUAAAUAUGGCCCACUUCGGAAUGUUUGGGUCGCUCGUAACCCACCCGGCUUCGCUUUUGUCGAAUUUGAAGAUCCACGUGAUGCCGAAGAUGCAGUCCGUGGGUUAGACGGAACACGUUGCUGUGGGACCCGAAUCCGUGUGGAAAUGUCAAAUGGCAGGUCUCGCAGGGGAGGUGGACGCAGACCUCCACCAAGAUACUCGAGGGCAGCGCUACUGCUGUUGUUUACUUCUCCUCCUGACUGAGCCCAACCUUUCCUUGGUAUAAACAUCUCAUCUUACAACGAUACACCAAACUACUACAGCUACUACAUCCACCAUCAGUGGUGCGCGACCGUCCAUUUUGACUCAACUCGACAGCUGCCUUUCUCAACUUUUUUUAAAUGAGCCUUCUACACCAGCAGCAUUUUCAACCAUCAAUCAACCCACAUCGUCUUCUUAAAAAAAGUAUAUUAUUUUAAUGUUCGUGGAGUCAAAACUUUCUACGCUAAAAGCUCAUUUAACAACUUUUCAAAAGUAGGCUGAUUAUAUAAGAUACACGUUUAAAGAAUUGCCAAAGGUUUAUCUCAUUAAUUUAUUCAAUGAAAUACAUAAAUUGCUUAAGGUUUGCAUGUUACAAAUGACAAUCUUCCGACUUUCUAUUAGUAUCCUAAUCACAGUGAUUAAUUUAAUGGCCCAAUUAGCUCUCUUAAAACCUGAAUACUUUCUAAUUAAUGCUAAGGUAAAGUAAUCAAAUUGGAAUUGAAUUAAAACCUUGUGUGUAUACUAUUUGAACUUUUCACUUAAAAAUUUAACAAGUAUGUUUUUUACCAACCGGUAACAGUCAAGCUGCCUGUAAAAUGUUGGCCCAAAAUUAACCUUUUUGGUGAGAGUUCAGGAAAAGGGCCACUAAACAUUAUUAAUUAGAUGCUGUGUUUAGGUUACAGUUUUAAAUUAAAAAAAUUAUGGUAACUGAUAUAGGAAAUUGUCAUUAUUCACAAGCAAAGCAGGUGGUACAUUAGGAUUUGCUAUGCAGUCUAUGUGGGAGGUAGGAUAUUACUUGAGAAAUUCUCCCCUUGUUCAUAGUAGUUAAAAUAUACGAUAUCCUUAGUAAAAUGUUGGACAUUGCGAGUUUACAAAUUAUAGACAUGGGAGUGGAUAUUCUCAAGGGGAAGAUAUAGCUUUUGUUCUGUUAUCCAUAAAACUUGAAAAGAAAGUUAAAGGUGUACAAAAUUAAUGUAACUUGAUUAUGUGUAUUAUAGGUCUCGUUCUCCAAGGCGGUCCCGUUCUCCAAGAUCUCGUUCUCGUAGUCGCAGCCGAAGAAGCCGUUCAGAUUCAAGAGAUCGUCGUUAAGACGAAUUUUUUUCCAUCUAUUUAUAAUGUCUUUAUUUUAAACAUCAAGUUUUUUUAUAAUAUGAUAAUUGAUUUAUUUUA